ACCAACGCGCUGUUAGGCCGUGCGCUGCGGGGGGAGAGGUGAUCUGCGGUGCCUGUGUAUCUACCGCUGGCUUGCAGAAGAUGCGGCGGGCGUGGUGGGCGGGCGUGGCGGCGGUGCUGGCGGUGCUGGUGACGGGCUUUGCGGCGGCGACUGACAGGAACGUAAGACGGAGGGAGGCGGCUGUUAAGUGUCAUUUCCCUUCUUGCUGCGGCUUCACGGAGCAAACCACUGGAUGUCGCUUCGUGGGCAAUAGGUGUCGCUGCCCCUUCAUAUCCCACCGGCCCCUCACCUUCUUCAUGCGGCGCCACCACCCGCUGCCCCUCACCGUGCCCUUCACCUACCACCCCGCCUACCACAAGCGCCUGACGGAGGACCACGAGAACCGGGAGAAGGGAAAGGACGAGGACAAGGACCGGGAGAGGAACGGGAAGGAGGUGGAUGACUAGGGUGGCGGCCAUAUUGAGAGAGAGAGAGAGAGAGAGAGAGAGAGAGAGAGAGAGCAUGGUAUUUCGUUAUUUGGCACAGAACAAACCCAUGAAAACCCUUGGGAGUAGCCUGUGUCCUUUACUAAGUACGUAGAAUGACAGACUAAUGAUGAUGAUGAUGAUGAUGAUGAUUUGCUGUAAGUGAGACGUUUAGUUAAGUGUUGCUCAAAAAUGCCUGAAUACGAUUUGGAUCUUUAGAUUUACUUUUGUUCAUUGUUAUCGACUGUUAUCUUUUUUUAUUAUUUCUUUGUUCAUGUUAUUAAUUUGUUAAGGACUAAGAUUUACCUGGUAAGUGGAAGUUGUAAAAGUGUUUCAUUUUAGCUUUUUUUCAAUUUUACGUUUUGGUAAAUUUCAGACUUAGUGAAAUGUUUUUCUGUUUAUAAACACGUAAAUAAGCAUGU